GAUUUUCUAUCGAUUUUACGCACGCUGCCAGAAAUUGAUGCAAAUUUGUAUUAUUUUCCAAAGAAAAAUUGACAAUUGUAUAAAAGAAGAGAUUAAAGCUAAAUUGUAACAAUGACAGACGACAAAAAGUCGCAAUUGGAUGAUGUGCAGCAAUUGCUGCUGGAACGGAUCUCUAAGAAUGAUACGACAGGAUUCAAGCAGCUUCUUGGCCAGCUGAAGAGUGUGAACUUUGUGGACGACAGUGGCAUGUCAUUGCUGGCCCAUGCCAGCUUUAAGGGCAACGCGGAGGCAGUGCAAAUCCUUUUGGACAUGGGAGCUGACAUUAAUUUGAAUCAACAUGGAGCGGAUUACACACCGUUGCAUUUUGCCGCCCUUUCGGGCAAUGUCCACGUGUGUCGCCUGCUGCUGGACGCCGGAAUUAAUCCGAAUAGCAUUAAUAGCGUUUCACGCACUGCCUCCCAGAUGGCCGCCUUUGUGGGCAAUCAUGCCUGCGUCGAGACCAUUAACAACUAUGUGACCCAAUCCAGUUUGGAGUACUAUACACAGGUGCAUGGCCAGCAAACGGAGCCCCACAUACCACCGACUUUACUGAAACCCUUUCACACCUUUGUCACCGAAAUCAAUCUGCAUCCUGUGAGAAUUUCCCUAAAUGCCCAAGUUUUGGGUCUGCUGAAAAUACUGCCCAAUCUCCGCAAGACUUUAGCACUAAUGUGCGAGAAGGAAAUGCAGAAAAGUCACGAUGUUAAUGAACUGCUAGCCUUUAAAUAUCAUUAUCAAGGAUGGAUUAUAGCCGAGCUGAUACGUUGCGAGGAACAGUUCAAGGUCCAACACAAGGAGGAGUCCACCAAGAACGAUUACAUCGAGGUGUUUGUAAAGCGUGUGCUCAAGGAGAACAAACUGGGACAGCUUGACUACGUGGAGUUCACAUUGCGCGAAUGCGCUCGUGAAUUUCCAUUCCGUGACUGCACAAUAUUCCGUCAAAUAGCCACACAACUAGGCGCCAAAGAUGCUCCACCAGCACUGAUAGUGCUGCGCAAUGCCAUCAAUGGAUUGCGCGGAUUUGUGGACGAGUCAAGCUACUGCAGCACCUGCGGCCAGGAGAAGCCAGACAAAAAGUGUUCAAAAUGCAAGGCAGUGCAAUACUGCGAUCGGGAGUGCCAGCGUUUGCAUUGGUUCAUGCACAAGAAGAGCUGUCCUCGGCUUUUGGCCGCCUCCCAGGCUGGAGCCGCCGCUACCGCUGCUGGGCAACAGGUGCAAUCAAAGGGACCAAUCGACACAAACGAAUUGCGUGAAGAGCUGGCCAAAUUGUCAGCGUAAGAGGAUCACUGCCAAAAUGUCACAAUGAUUGAUCUAACUACUAUAUAAUAAACGUGUAAUUAUUAUGAAACGGAAACUAAAUCAGACGGAUCACAUA